CGCUUUUUUUAAAUACACACUGCAAAAGCGCUUCUUGUGGGUCACUACCACUCUCUUUUCCUUUUUUUUCUCUUCAUUUUUUUUUCAUUGUUGAGUAUUGUGAUGACUUGUUCAAGUGAAAACUUAGCAAAAGCGGUUGGAGGAAAAACCGCUAGAGCUUGUGAUAGUUGCAUAACAAAGAGAGCACGUUGGUAUUGUGCUGCGGAUGAUGCUUUUCUCUGUCAAGGCUGUGAUUCUUCGGUUCAUUCUGCUAAUUCCUUGGCUAGAAGACAUGAAAGAGUUCGUUUGAAAACGGCUUCAUAUAAACCAGUUGGUGAUAAUAAUGAUAAUAAUAAUAAUGGAUCCAUCAAUUCUGGUCCAUUUUCUGGCUUUACCAAGAAAGCUAGAACACCGAGACAGGGGAAACAGAAGAAUAAUAUUAAUGUUGAUCUUAAUGUUAAUGUUAAUGUUAAUGUUAAUGUUGAUGUUAAUAAUCCGUUUCAUCUUGUGCCGGAAUUGGGAUUGGAUGAAGUUCAAUCGGGUUCGAAUGAAGAAAACGAGGAGCAGUUGCUUUACAGGGUGCCGAUUUUCGAUCCUUUUGUUGCUGAAUUAUGUACUAGUUCUCCUUCGGUUGGUUCAACCGAAGGAGGACUAGCUGUGAUAAGUGGUGUUUCUGCUUUCGCUUCUGAUAGAAGCGAAAGCAGAACUCGUUUGGGUGGUGGUGAUAGUAAUUAUGAGAUGGAAGGCUUUCACGGGCUUCUUCCAUCUGAUAUUGAAUUAGCUGAAUUUGCAGCGGAUGUCGAGAGUUUAUUGGGUCGGGGGUUGGAAAACGAGUGUAUGGGAAUGGAAGAGCUGGGGUUGAUUGAUGCGAAAUAUGAGGAUGAGGAAUGGGAGUGUAGUGGGAAAGUGAAGGAAGAAGGUGGAGAGAUUCAUGAAGUUGUUGAGGGAGAUGAUAAUACAAAGGAUAUGGGAAAAGAAUCUUCGUUUGAGUUGAAUUUUGAUUAUGAAACAUGUGAAGAGGUUAAGGAAAAGGGUGGUUUGGAUAUAGAACAAGAUGAAAAUAAAGAUUGCAAUAAGGGGAAAAGGAAAAUAUCUUUACAGUUAGAUUAUGAUGCAGUAAUCAUUGCAUGGGAUGGCCAAAAAUGUCCAUGGACUAAUGGUGACAAGCCAAAUUUGGACAUUGAUGAGACCUUGUCUGAUUUCAUGGGGAUUUGUGGAACGGAGAUUCAAUAUCCUUAUGGUGAAUUUGGUGGAUAUGGUUGUAAUCAAGUGAUGGUAGAUGGAGGUAGAGAGGCAAGGGUUUCAAGGUACAGAGAGAAGAGAAGAACAAGGUUGUUUUCGAAGAAAAUAAGGUACGAGGUUAGGAAGUUGAAUGCAGAGAAGAGACCAAGAAUGAAAGGGAGGUUUGUGAAGAGGACUUCUUUUGCAGUUCCAACAUUUCCUUUGCUAAAAUAAAUAAGAGUUAGCAUUUGUUGCUUUUCCUUACCUCUAAUCUUUUUUUUCUUCUUAGUAUUUGCUAAAAGUAAUAAUUUUCUAUUUUGUAUGAGUUUUCAUUUUGUUUUACUUUAGUUUUCUAGUACUUUGUAUAUAUAGACAAUUUUGUUUAGUUUAUGAAAUGGUUUAACAUUUAUAGAUGAUAAAUAAAUGUUAGAUCCAUGUAGACAA